AUGGAUUGGCUGCAUUGCAACACUUGUUUUCACCAGCCGGGAGGUGGAGGAAAGUUUGUCUUGACAAGCUGUGGACAUAUAUACUGUGAAAAGUGUAUAGAUCAAGUAACCAAUGGAAAGUGUAAAAUGUGUGGCAGUGUAUUUACAUCCAUUCCCUUGUCUGGACAGAUGAAACCAGAUGUGGAAUUGUUUUUUACAAAUCCAAUGGAUUUGCUGAAAAAAGAGCUCAGGAAAAUCAUACAGGUAAUGGACUUCCAACACAGUCAAAGGAGGAGGUUCUUUUCCUAUUUAAUGGACAAGCUCAACAGACAACAGAAUGUCAUGGAGAAGUGUCAAAAAGCCAUAUGUGCCUCCAAGGAAUUGGAAAGGGAUAUAAGCAAACUACGUGAAGAAAAUUGCUACCUUAAAAGACUGAUGAUUGAAAGUGAAAAUAGACACAUCACAAAUUCCACUAACAGAUCACAUGGACGUCGAAGUGGGAACUCCUCGCCUGUGUACAGAAAUUCACCAUUAUCCUCGCCACAAAUGAGCAUCCCCAGCAGAAGCCAGUCCCAGACCCAGCUGUCUAAGACUGUAUCUCAGGCGACAUUUAUAGCACUUCCUAAAAACGCUAGUGCUUAUACCAAUUUGGGGGCAUCUGUUGGAAGAGUGUCGGUUCGAACCCCUCCUUCCGGUGGACGUAUAGGAACGGUAGGAAACACUCCAUCACCAAGGCAACGUGAAAUUCCAAAUUUGGUGACUACCUGGUCAGUUCCUCAUCCAAUAGCUUUUGGCAGUUUGUUAUCACCAUCUCCGAUGUAA